AUGCCUGGCAUUGAGACUGCUGGAGAGUUCCUAAGGCACGCUGUGCUGGAUACAGUUGUCCCGCAUGCUACUGAACUCGACAUUGAGAAAGCCAUAACUUCUUGCCUGGAAACCGACGCUGAUGAUCUGCCUACUAUUCUAUCAUCUAUCAAACAGCGCUCGCUGCUAUUCUUCGAUGAAUUCUUGCCCGUUCGCGUUGUCCUGAGACUCUCCAACUGCUCAGAAGAGAGUUUGAAAUUCAAUUUGCAGAGACUGAAGGCGAGAGUUGAAGUAUUUGCCAUAGACCCAGCAGAACCCCCCCCUGAAAACGCGCCGCCGACACGAGACCUCAUCUUUUCUCAAGUGCUGAGCGGAAGCGAUGACCCGUUGGUGGUUGUGAAUGCGUUUGAGGAUGGUGAGCGCAGUGGGAACCAUGUCUAUGUUAUAUGGAACGUUGAAGCCUUUUUGAGACGGCCUCGUAUCCGCAUCCAAAAUCCCUCGCUACUUUUCCAAUCUUCGGUCAAUCUCAAUCCCCCAGAGAAGCUACGAGAUGAGUCUGAAAAUGACGACUAUCUUCCCCCUUUAAUACCUGCGUCGGCGAACAUCCUGCAGGCCCUAUCUGCGAAUCAAGGCUCGAGCCAAACAGACCCUUUUCUUCCAGCAUCGAGACUGUUGCGAGUCAUACCUGCGACCUAUACAGAAGAGCCUGUACACAAUAUCAAACAACACCCGGGCCAUCCAAUACGUGUUGUUCCUGCCGCCAGUGCCAGGAUCCGAUAUUCAAGACUAAAUUCAUUCUCCGGUCGACCCACCACUGUUGCAAGUCUCGAUUUCGAAGUCACCCCUUUCUUGAACUGCGAUGUUCUUUUUGACAAAGCCGACCUUCAAUUGUCAGAUGGAACCAUUGAGACUCUGUCGGAAGUUCCAGAACUUACACCGCCAAUUCUCUGUCGCCCACGAGACGACAUCACUUUGGUGUACAAACUCAUGCCUGAAUAUGGGCCGGAUCCAAAUCCAUCGACCACGGUAAUGGCCAGUACCCUGGACAUAUCAUUAGGUGCUACCAUUAAGUUGUCGGAGGAUUGUAAUCCGCGGAUUUUCAUGCAAUGGCGAACCACCGUUGAUUUUUCAGUGGCUCUCAACCCAACCUUUGGAGGUCCAAGCCAAGCGCUCCAACGAAAUAACCGUCCAGCAAGCCUCCCGAUGGCAUCUCACCAAGCGAACAGCGCAAGCGGAGUUCCUCAAUCCAAUCGAAGCUCACUCAGGGAACGGGCCUAUUCGACCACAGACUCAGGCGUCACAAUCUCUUUCUCAGGGCCUGUCAAUGUCGAGGUGGGGAAGCCCUUUUCCUGGGAUGUCUUCAUUGUCAACCGCUCGACUAUACCGCGUAAAUUCGCCAUGGUUGCCAUGCCCCGAAGAAAGCGGAUAGAUCCCCGUACCCAUGUUGCUCGCCCUUCAACAUCAUCGAUAUCCAGUUUCAGAGGAGAUGAAGUUGCCGAGGCAGUCACAGACGACAAUAUCAUCCAUGCCAUGCAGAAGAACGCGGCUGGUCAAGAUGCGGAAAUCAUCAGCUUAAACACAGAUAUUAGAGUCGGGCCUCUUCUCCCCGGCACCUGCCAUUCCUUUGAGCUCAAAUUGCUUCCCUUGAUGAUUGGAUCUCUCCACUUGGAAGCGGUGCGUCUGGUUGAUGUAACCACCAACGAAACCACCGAUAUCAGAGAUCUACCAGACAUCGUGGCCAUCGAUGACAGAGGCUCGCUAUUCGGAAGCCAUGAAUAA